CCUCAGAAAGAGGAAAAUUAGAUAAAGGCAUAGGAGCCGAGAGAGAGAGAGAGGGGAGGGAGGGAGGUUUUUAUCUUCUUCUUCUUCUUGUGCUUCUUCUUCUUCUUGGUCCGCCCAAAACCACAGCCAGAAGGGGCCUCAGAAGAUUCCUGGGCGAGAAAAUUACAUUCUCUGGAGUCUGUCUUGAACUGAAUGGCACUUCUGAAGCCUCCCGUCAACUUUGCGCUUAGACGAAUGGCCUCGCGUUUCCUCGCUCAACCUUCCUCGAUUCACUCCCACACCCUUUCUUUUUCCUUCUUUUCUGUCGCUCGUCCCUCGCUGCUCCUCAAGACCGGGACCAUUUUUCGGUUGAGAAGAGUGCCAAGUAGGUUAUGGACGCGAAUAGCAGCUUCACCAAGGGCUUUUAUGUCAUCGAGUACCGCAUCAGAAACUUUACAGGAAAGCACGAGGUCAAAUGCCUAUGGGUCUGAACAAAUUCAGGUACUGGAAGGUUUGGACCCUGUUAGGAAAAGACCAGGUAUGUACAUUGGAAGCACUGGACCUCGUGGUUUGCAUCACUUGGUUUAUGAAAUAUUGGACAAUGCUAUUGAUGAGGCACAAGCAGGAUUUGCUUCAAAGAUAGAUGUUAUCUUACAUGCAGACAAUUCAGUGAGCAUCACUGACGAUGGGCGUGGGAUCCCAACUGACUUGCAUCCGGUGACAAAAAAAUCUUCUCUGGAGACAGUGUUGACGGUUUUACAUGCAGGCGGCAAAUUUGGUGGUUCGAGUAGUGGUUACAGUGUCUCAGGUGGACUACAUGGUGUGGGACUGUCUGUUGUGAAUGCGCUGUCUGAGGCGUUAGAAGUUACUGUGUGGCGUGAGGGGAAGGAAUACAAACAGAAAUAUUCCCGUGGAAAGCCCAUAACAACUUUAAUGUGCCAUGAGGUUUCAGCGGAAUCAAAAGGUUUUCAAGGGACAUGCAUUAAGUUUUGGCCUGAUAAAGAAGUAUUUACUACUGAAAUUCAGUUUGAUUACAACACCAUAGCCGGGCGGAUUAGGGAGCUUGCGUUUUUGAACCCUGAGCUUACUAUUACACUUAAGAAAGAGGAUGCAGAUCCAGAAAAGUGCCAGUACAAUGAAUACUGCUUUGCUGGGGGAUUAGUUGAAUAUGUAAGAUGGCUAAAUACUGACAAGAAACCACUUCAUGAUAUUGUGGGUUUUAGAAAAGAAGCAGAUGGAAUCACAAUUGAUGUGGCUUUGCAAUGGUGUUCUGAUGCAUACUCUGAUACCAUGCUGGGAUAUGCUAAUAGCAUACGUACAAUUGAUGGUGGUACUCACAUAGAUGGCAUGAAGACUUCAUUAACAAGAACUCUCAACAAUCUUGGGAAAAAGUCAAAAAUUCUGAAGGAGAAGGAUGUUAGUUUGAGUGGAGAACAUGUAAGGGAGGGUUUGACAUGCAUAAUUUCGGUCAAAGUACCAAGUCCAGAGUUUGAAGGCCAAACUAAGACAAGGUUGGGAAAUCCGGAGGUGCGGAAGGUGGUUGAUCUAUCUGUUUUUGAAUUUCUUACGGAGUACCUGGAGUUGCAUCCAGACGUACUUGAUUCAAUCCUUUCCAAGUCCCUUAAUGCCCUAAAGGCAGCUCUUGCGGCAAAGAGGGCAAGGGAGUUGGUAAGACAAAAGAGUGUUUUAAGAUCCUCAUCUCUUCCUGGAAAGCUUGCUGAUUGUUCAGCCACAAAUCCUGAAGAAGCCGAAAUAUUCAUUGUUGAAGGGGAUUCAGCUGGUGGUAGUGCAAAACAAGGUCGUGACAGGCGCUUCCAGGCUGUUCUUCCAUUACGGGGUAAAAUUUUGAACAUCGAAAGAAGGGAUGAAGCAGCAAUGUACAAGAAUGAAGAGAUUCAAAAUCUUAUUCUAGGUCUAGGACUUGGAGUGAAGGGAGAAGAUUUUAAAAAGGAGUCUCUCCGUUACCAUAAAAUCAUAAUCUUGACUGACGCUGAUGUUGAUGGUGCUCACAUCCGAACUUUAUUAUUGACAUUUUUCUUUAGAUAUCAGAGGGCUUUAUUUGAGGAAGGCUGCAUUUAUGUUGGUGUCCCACCUUUAUACAAGGUUGAGAGGGGAAAGCAAGCCUACUAUUGCUAUGAUGAUGCAGAACUGAAACAACUACAAAGUUCAUUCCCUUCAAAUGCAUCAUAUAACAUUCAGAGAUUUAAAGGUUUGGGGGAAAUGAUGCCUGGACAGUUGUGGGAAACAACAUUAGAUCCUGAGAGAAGAUUGCUAAAGCAAUUAGUGAUUGAGGAUGCAGCAGAAGCCAAUGUUGUAUUCUCCUCUCUUAUGGGCACCCGGGUGGACGUGAGGAAGGAGCUUAUACAGAACGCUGCAGGCAUGAUCAAUGUUCGGCAUUUGGAUAUAUGAAAGGUAUCAUCAAUGUACUCGGGAGAAUUAACUUCAAAAUUGUAUUUUACAUGCGGAUCAGUUGUUACUUUUCCUCUCCAGGAGGCAAUCAAAUAUAGACAUAUGUUAGCUAUAUCUAUUCUUUAGUGCAGUCCAAUUCCUUUUGAAGUUUA